AUGUACAUACGUGCAUUGCUCCUAUGGGAUAUUUGGAAUGCCAAUUUAGUUAUCCAAAGUUACUCUCGAGCACAAAAUUAUUAUUUGGUGAUCAAUAACAAGAGUGUUUCCACUGCUUCAUCUGUAUCAUUGGACAGAUUACUGAACGUUACAAUUUUUAGUGAUCAUUCUACUUUUGGUUUAAUUUUCGAUGUUCGAUGUGUACCACAAGUUUUUCGAAUACGGAAGUAG